AUGACGACCGCAUCGAAAGUUGUUAUUGAGGACGAGAAAGCUUGCAAAGAGGCUGAACUUUUAACAGAUUGCUACUACAACGCAGUUGAUCGUAUGCGAAAUAAAGUCAAUUUUCUAUACACCGAUUCAGCGACCUUAUUGUGGAAUGGAAAUCUCAUCCAAGGAAUCGAUAAUAUUGCGCAAUUUUGGGAAUCUGUUCCAAAUACUGAACAUUCGAUAUCAUCGUUGAAUUGUCAAAUGGGAAGUGAAGAAGUGAAUGGAUGUAUUCCGAUAAUAGUGUUGAGUGUUGGCACGGUUGUGAUCGGUGGUUUAUCGCAUGCAUUCUCACAAACAUUCGUACUGGUCAUCGACGAUGGCAAAUAUAAAAUAUUGUCUGAUCGAAUCAGAUAUAUCGACUGA